AUGACAUUUACAGCUGCAGAUACAAGUUCCACAGAUAGAAAACCUUAUAUCCGCAAAGCCUACCAUUUGAAAUCUCCAAAAUGGAAAGAUUGUGAUAAUACAUGUGAUAGAAGUGAUAUUUUCAGCAACUUGAAGAACAAAAGGGAUUUGGGGAAGGACAAUCAAACAGGAAAUUUGCUAACGUUACAGUUGAAUGGUUCAUCUCAAGAAAACUUGUCAUACACUGGUUUGUCGAAAGGUAGUCCUACUGGGAGUGUUGAAUGUACAGAACUCCAUUUACGGAACCUUCAAACUCAUUCACUCAUUGAUCUAUACUUCCCUCAAGUUUCCCCAGACCUCGAGAAUGGUGUCUUAACAACAGAAAUAAUUAAAGAGGAAGAUGACAGAAAAAUCAAGCCAGAUAAUCAUUCUUCAAUGCUUGGACUUGAGUGCGUGUAUCAGAUACGGGUUAGCUCAAAGGAGCAGCCUAGCAUGAAUCUGCGGAGGCAAAGCACAAAAAAUCGACCUCUAACAGCAAGAUUAUUGGAUUUUGACAAAUGGACUUUUGUUUUGAAGGAAUCUACACUAUCAUUUUCAUCUUCAUUUGUAAAACUCAGAAGCCGCUGGAGCCUGGAGUUAAAUGAAGCGCCUGCCCUGCCUGAGGUUGAGGAGAGGUCAUAG